UUGACAUCCUCACUCGUCCAUUCCCUGUUUGCACUUUGAACGAUGACUCCGUAUAUCCUUCUCAUCAUCCUAUACUUCACAAGUGGGAUAGGAACAAGCUAUGGAGACAGAAAUAGAACCCAACCAUGCUACGGCAACCAAGCAAAUUACGAUAUGCAAAAAGCUAUGGGUAGUUGGUACGUUGUGGCUCUCAUCCCAGAGACAGGUUUCCCGAAGUUAAAGAGGAUAUCUUGCUAUAAAAUGGAUGUGAGUGAAACAGAUGAGGCGGGAUUAAGAUGGCUUAUAAGCAGGAAAAUCGAAUCGCCAAAUCAAGAAGUGGUACAGAAGAUCAAGGGAACUAUCGUCAGACAGAGAUAUCACUCUGAGACACCUUUUGAUAUUUGGUCGAAAGCUAUCACGGGGAUCAACGGGUGUUUCCGUCAGUUGUUCUCUUUAGGAACUAAUAAAACUAAUAUAUCUGACGCAGAGAACUUGGCGACAUAUAUGCAACUACAUCUAAUGGACACUAACGACGGAGCCGGCCCGUACUUGGUUCAAAUUUUAUGGGGGAAAUUGAUAUCCGCUGUCAUUUAUCGAAGAGAAGAAGGUGUGUCAAUGGAACGCUUGGAACCAAUCCACAAAUACAUUACUGACCUAAAAGGAUACCAGAUGCCACCGUUGAUCUGUAACAAACCCGAAAAAGAAAUCAAGCCUCCAGCCUCUCAUAGACCUUAAUUAAAUAAUACAACAAAUGGUAUAUAGAGAAUUUAUUAUUCGAAAAAAGAAAAUGCGUAUUAUAUUGUUGAUAGCUAAUUAAUAAAGUAGCUUUUGUUUUUUUUUUUAUGUUACGACUUGAUGUUUUUGUUAAAUUUAUUUAAUUAUUAUUUUUAAGCUCGUUAAAUAAUUUUUAAUUUUCAUAUUUCUUAGUCAUGCAAUUAAUUACAGUCACCAGUAAAAAUAUUUUA